CGCCAGAGAUGAGAACUCGAGCAGGCUGCCGUCGAAAAAGCGUCGACAGAUACGCAGCACGGUGCCACCGGACGGUCCCGACACGCGCUAUCAAUUGGAGACAGUGCACGCGGCGGGUCCUUGACGCGGCGGCGACGGCGCUUGUUUCGAAUGUAGGACACCCCGGCAUCGGCGAGGGUUGGUCAGCUCUCUCCCAGGAAAAAAAGAGCUGUCAACGUAGCACGCACACUGAACGUAGGCCGACGCGACCGACAGCCGUCGUCGAGGGGUGACUGGGAAGCAGCGGCGAGACGGAAGCGACGAAGAAAAACCGACGCAUUGGUGCGUAUACAGCGGUGAAAGCGUGUGUUGCUGCGGGCACAAGUUCGGGAUACAAGCACAAUGAUCGAACGAGACAGGCCUUACUGCAUGGUCGUAGACGGUCACAGGCUACCGGGUUCCUUCUCCGAAGAAGUGUAUCGCAGUGGUCUUCGGUACCAGCCCGAGCCGGGAGACGUGGUCCUUGACACCUUCCCGAAGUGCGGCACACACUGGGUCCUGGGCAUCCUGAAUGCCGCCUACCAAGUCUGCAGGGGCGUGACACCGGGAUCCACUUUCCUGGAGAAACUCGGGCUCGAUGGCAUCCAGAAGUGCGCCAGGCCUCGGAUCAUCUUCACGCACCUGCCGUUCCAGCUGGUGCCUUUUUCAGAGGAGGCGAAGUAUAUCUACGUGAUUAGAAACCCAAAAGACUGUUGUGUGUCCUUCUACCACCACACUAAAACCAUACCAGCGUACAAGUUCCAAGACGGCACCUUUGACGAAUACUUCGAGAUAUUCCUGGACGGGCGCACCGACUUCGGUAGCUACUACGAGAGCCUGCGCUCGUGGUACUCCAAGCGGAACGAGCCCAACGUACUCUUCCUCACAUACGAAGGCAUGCACGCGGACGUCAGCGGAUCGGUGCUGAAGAUAACGCGCUUCGUAGACGCCGGCAUCGCCGACGAACUGGCGCGGGACGAGGACAAGAUGAGCACCGUUCUGGAGAACUCGAGCGUCAGCAGCAUGAAGAAAGAGUUCGCGCUGCAGUUCGUCAGGAAAGGCACCGUGGGAGACUGGCGGAACUACUUCUCGCCGGAGCAGUCACGAAGACUGGAGGAGAGGUUCCUACGCGAGAUGGAAGGUACGGACAUCCCGCAGCUGUGGGAAGGUGUCAGCUGGCUUCUCGAUGAAACUAAAACCUGAACAGUUUCUAUACCCGACGUCACAAGUAUCUUGCGACGUCACAAGUGACUGCUCGGACACAGCUAAUCCUGCUGCGGUCACCCACUGCGGCAAUGGUUUCCCCUCGAGAUCCCUUGCGCUAAGCCUUCGCGUCGCCUUCACAGGUAUAGCAAGCUUAUGAAAUAAACUACGGCUGUGAUUUCAUUAUUCUUAA